AGUGACAGCAAGUGACAGGUGAUCGCUGGGAGCUGCGGCUGCUGCCAUGGUCGCUCCUGACCGCAUCCUGACGGCAGUGCUCCUGAUCAUCGGCGCAAUCGACUCUACGAUAGGCGAUGUGAGCCGCAGUAUCGUCUGUAUCUGCACCACGCUGGAGUGUCAGCAGGCGGGCGUGAGCACCUGUACCACCACCGGCAUGUGCUACACCCAACAGCUAAGGCGGCUCGACGGCGCCGACCCCAUGACCAGAGGCUGUGUCAGGGGCGAGACGCCUCUAAUGUGUGACCACCUGCUGCCGACCCACGGGGAGGACUACCGGGCCAGCUCCAUCUGCUGCGGUACCCCGCUCUGUAACAAACAGGUGUCGCUGGCGUCUGGCCGCGGCCGUGGCCCCGGAGGGACCAGGAGACACGAGCAGCACGAGCAGCGGCGGACCAGCGGCGCCAAACACGGUAACGAAACUGACGGGGGUGAAUAG